AUGAAGCAGUCCCGUAAGCAGUCCCCUCCGUGCAGUGCUACACCACUGCUACAAGCCCACGCCGACCUCAACCAGUCGUUUGCCGCUGUCGGAGAGCGCAUUAACAAGAUUCCUCUUGUAGCGUCUCUUAGCCCGGAUGGGCCUUUACCUAGAAUUGUUCCGUUCAUAGGGUCAGGUGAGGACCCGAUGCAGUUCUCAAUGUGGCUUCGUCGUUUAGAAGAUGUGAUGAGGAUGCGUUCGACCUCAUGGUCCUCUCAGCAAAAGGCCUGCUUUCUCAUAGGCUACCUUGAUGGAGUGGCCAGAGAGAAAGUGAAGGAGCUUCCAGAUGAGGAACGCAACAGUCUCGAGGCGAUCGUGGCUAACCUGAAGAAAUAUUUCGAAGGUCCCCAGCACCGGUACAUGGCCCGACAGGCCCUGUCCUCCUGCCAGCAGCAUACGGGUGAGUCGUCUGCCACUUUUGCUAAUCGCUUGCUUACUCUCGUCGAGCAGCUACUACUGGUCAAGAUCCCGCUAGCCAGAAGGAGCGGGUUCUCGAGGAGUUCGUCGCGCGCCUCCGUCCAGAUAUCAGGUAUCUAUGUUAAGCUGGACAACCCUUCUUCUUUUGAGCAGGCGGUCACCAAGGCUCAGAUGGUAGAGCAAUUACUAGCAGAGGCCACGGCUAACCGCCUGAUUUGCCCGUCAACACCCCCUAAAGCAAUUGAAGUCAAAGUAGGUAACCGCGAGGGUAUAGCCCUGGGCAAGGUCAGUACCCGCAAAAUACGAAGCAGAGGCAAGGGCGAUAUCAGCGCGCAAAUUCCUCUCAGCGGUUCAAUUCAAAUCGUUCGUUUCAGAAACCCCGCAACGAAAGAUUUCAGCGACCUGCGCGUGCUGACCCACCUCAACCGUGCUUCAACUGUGGUGGCAUGGGACACAUCUCCCAACAAUGUACUUCGCCUCGGACUCAAUACGGCGAACGCAGGGCGGUUGCCCCAAUCCACAGAUCUGUUCGGUUGUGCCUACUCGUACUUUCAAUCGGCUGCUUCGCGUACGCCGGCUGCUCCUGCUCCCCUGCCGCGCACUUCCGCAGAGGCGAUCGAACUCCCUCGUUUGGCAAUUGACGCCACCACUUCAUGGCCUCCUCGUGCAAUUAUGGCUCCGGUGAACGUGUUAGCACUGACCGAUUCUGAUCGCCUUUUCGUUGCGCAGAUCCCCAUAAGGGUAAAUAAUAUUCACGUUUUGGCAUUGGUGGACACGGGUGCCUCGAUUACGACAGCGAAAAGUUCUCUUCAAGAAGCAAUUCCAGUGGCGCAGCGCGACUACGGUCUUCCCCUAUUGCCGAAAACGUUGUCCAAUGCCAAAACGGACGAUUCUCUG